AUGAACUUCCAUUGGGGGAGCUUUGCAAUGGCUCGAUGGGGGUUCUGGUGGGUUCUGUUUGGGCUUUGGAGGCCCGGUGCCGCCUGCCCCGAGUACUGCACGUGCACUGGUUUCAGGAUCUCGUGCGUUGACCAGGACAGGAGUAUUAUGGCUUUUCCCGUUUUACAGUCGGAGGUGGAGAUGGAAAAUGUCACAGACAUAUAUAUAGCCAAUCAAAGCAGUUUCUCCUCUAUCAACGACAAAGACUUGCACUUAUACCGGAAUCUCAGAAAUUUAACUGUGACCAACACUAGGCUAACGUAUAUUUCGCGACUGGCUUUUCAAAACAACACAAAACUUCAGUAUCUGAAUCUUAAGGACAACAACCUGUCUUCUCUGUCUUGGAAGACAUUUCGUCAUUUGAAUAUAUCCUACUUGUUCCUCUCUGGUAACCCUUUUCACUGUUCUUGUGAAAAUCUGUGGAUGAAAUUCUGGAGGGGGGAGGAAGGGGAGAUCCCUGAGCUCUGGUGUACAGAGGAAGGGGGCAAGAGGAGACCACUUAACACACUGACCCUUCCAGACUGCACGAUACCAACGGCAGCGUUCACCCCUAUUAAUUUGACGGUCAUGGAGAGAGCUAAUUUAACACUGACGUGCAAAACGUCUGGAGCGCCCGCUCCCGACCUCUUAUGGAGCACGUGCCCGUUAACCGUCAAGCCUGAGAUCUUCACCACGGGGCACAUAUCAAAGCUAAGACUAAGCAACCUUUCCUACCGUGACAACGAAUGCAAGAUAAGCUGCAUCGCCGAGAACAUUGUUGGAGAAAACGAGUCCUCCGUAUUCCUAGAUGUUCUUUUCCCACCUAUCAUCAGUAAUUUGUCUGAGGCCAUCUCAGACCAUCACUGGUGCAUCCCAUUCAGCGUGGCGGGAAACCCCCAGCCCACCCUGAAAUGGCUGUGCAACGGUGAGCCCGUCAAAGAGAGCUACUACGUCAGUACGCGGAUCCACGACAUAUCCGAUAAAAUGUACCACGGCUGCCUCCAGCUGGACACCCCCACGCACAUCCACAACGGGAAUUACACGCUGGUGGCGACCAACCCGCUUGGAGAAGACCGGAAAUCAAUCUUCGCCCAUUUCAUGCACCAGCCCUGGGAGGGAACUGUGACGGAGCCAGAAUAUUACGACCCAACCACUGAUGACACUCCAACUGGACCUCCUGAGGACAGAAUCGCUGUGUACGUGGUCGUGGGAAUCGCGGCGGUCACAUUCACCGGCUUCAUCUUAAUGCUGGUCAUCCUGAAGUUUGGACGCAAUUCAAAGUUCGGAAUCAAAGGUCCUUCCUCAGUGAUCAGUAACGACGAUGACUCAGCCAGUCCUCUUCAUCAUGUUUCUAACGGCUCUAACACACCUUCCUCGUCGGACAUGGGAACUGACGCUGUGGUCAUCGGCAUGACCAAGAUUCCGGUGAUUGAAAAUCCGCAGUAUUUCAGGAGCACCAGCAGUCUGCUCAAAUCGGACACAUUUGUCCAACACAUCAAACGACACAACAUUAUUCUGAAGAGAGAUCUUGGAGAAGGGGCUUUCGGGAAAGUCUUCUUGGCUGAAUGCUACAACCUGUCUCCAGACCAAGACAAGAUCCUUGUGGCUGUAAAGACUCUGAAGGAGGCCAGUGAAAACGCGAGGAAGGAUUUCCACCGUGAGGCAGAGUUAUUGACUAAUCUGCAGCAUGAACACAUUGUGACGUUUUACGGCGUGUGCGUGGAGAGCGACCCCCUCAUCAUGGUGUUUGAAUACAUGAAACACGGAGACCUCAACAAGUUCCUCAGGGCUCACGGGCCGGAUGCGGUUCUGAUGGCGGACGGGCAGAAUAACCAGCCCGUGGAGCUGACCCAAGCUCAGAUGUUGCAUAUCGCUCAGCAGAUAGCGGCGGGGAUGGUCUACCUGGCCUCCCAACACUUCGUCCACAGAGACCUGGCCACACGCAACUGCCUGGUGGGCGAGAACCUGCUGGUGAAGAUCGGGGACUUUGGCAUGUCCAGAGACGUCUACAGCACCGAUUACUACCGCGUGGGUGGGCACACCAUGUUACCCAUCCGUUGGAUGCCCCCGGAGAGCAUCAUGUACCGCAAAUUCACCACCGAAAGCGACGUGUGGAGCCUGGGCGUGGUGCUUUGGGAGAUCUUCACCUACGGCAAACAGCCCUGGUACCAGCUCUCUAACAACGAGGUGAUUGAGUGUAUAACGCAGGGCCGUGUGCUGCAGAGACCACGGACCUGUCCUAAAGAGGUGUACGAUCUGAUGCUGGGCUGCUGGCAGAGAGAACCUCACAUGCGUCUCAACAUCAAAGAGAUUCACAACCUACUGCUCAACCUGGCCAAGGCCUCGCCCGUCUAUCUGGACAUCCUUGGCUGA